AUGGCCGCGUUGGUGGAAGAACUUGCCGAGGCUCUGAGCAAAGAGCUGACUGCUAAUCAUUGCAUCUCCUCACCUGCUCUCGCGUCCAUCUGUUCCCCUGAGGCUCUCCAGGCGGCACUCGGCCCACCAGACGAUGCAGAUUACGACCCGGCGACAGGCCGCAAGCUCCUAGCCCUCCUGAUCUAUCUCGGACAGCCGCGCGAGGUGAUUGUGCAGUGCCUGAAUCGAAGACCCGAUGAUAACGAGCUGUUCAAUGUGUUUGAGUUCCAGCCCGGCUGCACGCAGGAAGGACUGGCGAGCAUAAUUCCAGACGAUUCCGAGCUCCGGAGGCAGGUGUUCGAAUCGCAAUGGAUCAUCCCGCCGAUGCUUUCGGGCAGUGAGCAUCAGCAUUUUCCAGCACAGUUUAAAGCGCCGUUUCGUCGAGUUGAUACCGGCCGCUCCUUGCGAGACGGAGCGUUUGGGAGGCUUUUUGUUGUUCGUGUCGUCAAAGGCCAUCUUGAUGCAGAGGAAGCCGACUUGGUUGUAUGCAAAGAAGUCCAAUAUGGGCCUGGGAAAUCAGCCGAGCUCGAGGCGAAACUUAUGAGACGCUUCCGGCACGAUGCCAUUGUUCCUCUCCUGGCCAGUUUCGACGCUCCUAUGGGCGCAGUGAGCGCCAGUCCAGCGCCUUCAUUGCAUCUUAUUAUGCCGUUUGCUUCAGGUGGUGACUUGCAGCAAUUCAUAGAGGCACAGAGCAUUCCCGACUUCCUCACAGAUGACGCCCAAACCAGGUCCUUGCUCCUAUCCCAGAUCCAAGCUCUUUUUUCUGGACUCGCUUUUCUACAGCGCCCCCAAAAGCCCAGCGACGAGAUUGUCCUCCACUUUGACCUGAAGCCGCGGAAUAUCCUCUGGUUCUUCUCUGAGGGUGGACAUUCCUUGAAGAUUGCCGACUUUGGAAACGCUCAGACGAUGAAGAGUGAUGCUCUUUGCGGUCCUGCUGUAGAGCACACAACAGCCGAAUAUGCACCGCCUGAAGCAUUCAAUGAUCGGGGAACUCUAGUACCAGGAGAGAGUCAUGGCACGCAGUUCGACGUAUACUCAAUGGGUUGUAUUGCGCUGCAACUGAUGACUGUUGUCGUUUACGGGUGGGGUCGCCAUGUCCACGCGAUUCGACAGUACAGGCCGAUCGCAGGGGACUCACGCGUUCCUUUUUGCAAGGACCCAGAAGUCAUCAGAGACUGGCUCGCUACCCUGAGAGAAGAACAAGACGACCUUCAACGACAUGACAGAGUUGUAUCCAUGACGCUGGAACUUGUCCGGCAAUGCUUGGAUCAUGAUCCGUCCGCCAGGCCAUGCGCAUGGGAAGUUGAUAUUCAUCUUGCUCAAUGCCUAUCCGGGACUCAGGAUAAUCAUCUUGCCGGCGACCGCGCAAUAAUGAUUGCACCGAUGAUUCCAGAACCGGCCAAUUGUUUUGGUCCCAUGAGACCGGGUCCAUCUGAGCGAGCGAAAGCUCUGGCUGGAAGCGAUGCCCCCGUACUUGUCAACCUCAUUCAGCAGGCAGGAUGGGAUGAGUUUCUGCUCAAGAGGUCUGAAAGGGUGGCUGUAAGAUCCAGCCGCCGGUUGCUCCAGAAUCUUCCUACAUCGCACACACGAGUUCAGUAUGGACUGAAGCGUACCAUUGAUAGAAUACGUGAUGCGUUUCUCCAGCCAGGGUGUACUUGUGUCGGAAUCUGGGGCUUAGGCGGCUCUGGAAAAUCGCGAUCAGCCUACGAGUAUUGCAAACUUGCGUACAAUGUUCGACCCGGCCAAGCCGGCAAUCAAUAUCUCGGACCAGCGCACGUCUUCUGGGUCGACGCUGGGAAUCCUUACAAGGUGGCGCAGUCUUGCGUCGCCAUCUGCAACAAGAUCGGCAAACCGGUUCCAGAGGACUGCGCCGAGCCAUUCCGCAUAGUCAAGUCGUGGCUCGAGCUUGAGUGUGAAGAGAAAUGGAUCAUGGUCAUGGACGGACUCGACAGCGAAGUUGAAGCCUGCAGAUGGCAAGAAUGGGGCCUGCCAACCCCGGCACGCCGCGGCGCAGGGAGUGUUAUUAUAACGACAAAGAAUAGGGAAUUACUCCAGGAUUUCACCCAUUUUGACGAGAACACGACGAUUGCUGUCAAUACUCUUGAAGAAAGGGAUGCGUUCAAGAUAUUUGUCCAGGAAGUGGGCGAGGACUCUAUUCACGUUACCGCUGGACAGGACUAUUUCAAGAUGCUGUGGGAGAUCCUUGGUAUCCCAUUGUUUGUGAUACUCGCCGCCCAGUACCUCAAAAAGCACAUGUUCGGUCACGCAACCUUGCAAAGGUUAACCGCCCGUCUGCAAGAGGACGUGCCGAAUUUCAAGUGCCUGGACAAACGGCCUCAGACUGCUGGAAAGGUUCAGGAGGUGGAACUUAUGCAGUAUAGGAUCUUUUGUGUCCUGCUGGAUCCGUUCGUCGACCAGUACAAGCCCGACACGGACGAGUUCGGCCUCCAAGCCACGCUCUGUUGCAUGGCACCCGAUAAUCUCGAUGUCGACAUCAUCUCUUCUUUCUACGAAGACUCGGACCCCAUCGAAGAGUGGUUGGGCACCCUGGGUAAUUACAGAUAUAUUACACCGCAGGGAAACGGAGGGCAGUUCACAAUGCACGAUCUUGUGCACAAAUUCUUCUUCCGCUACGUUUUCGAGCAUCCCGAUCUGGGGCCGAAAUACCUCCUGGGAGAAUUCGGAGAAGUCUUGAAGUGCAUUUAUUUCCGCUCCCAGCAAUACCGACCGGAGAAGUCCUGGACCGCGAACUCCGGGACUCCGCAACACGCGUCCCACGGCAAGCGUAGAUUCAUGCCGCACUUUGAGGUCUUCAAUGAUUUCGUCAAGGUACUGAACAAGCAGAAGCUCACGACUGGUACCCCUGCCGCAGAGGGUGUACGCUUAGGGGCUCGAGAAGUACAGGGCAUCAUCAGCUUCUCCCGGGUGCUCCAUACGGACAACAACACCAAUGAGGCUCUUGCCUUGCUAGAAUUCGCUCUAAACCAGGGCGUCAAACCUCACACGAGGAUACCAAAGAAAGAAGUUGAAGUGGAGGUAGAGCUGCAUCGUAGUAUUGCUUACUACCAUCUUGAACGACACUCCGUGGAAACGAAAAAGUUCAAUGUGAACCAAGCCAAGAUACAUUUCGAGGCGGCUCUUCAGCUCGCACGAGAUCAUGGCCUACACAAGAAAAUAUGGAGGACCUGGAUCGGCCUUGUCGAGGCCAUGGCCAGCUUGCAUCUGCUAGAAGAGGCGGAUGCUCAGAUCCACCUCCUCGAGAGUUACAUGACGGACAGCAACAGCCACCUCACUGGCAAAGACAACGAGCGGACGGAAUUCUCGAGCCGACUAGACGUCCAAAAAGUCCAGAUCGAGUUCGAGAAGGCGAAACGCGACCAAAAACAUGGCCUCUUCACUUCGGCAGGGAACCGCCUCCUUUCAGCACGACUGAUGUGCGCGCAGGCCGUCGUCAGAACGCACCGGGGCACCGCCGACGGGGCGGCCCGGGAAGAAGUCACAUUCGAGAAGCUCCGCAAGCUGGCCGAGAUCGAUAUGGAAAUACCGCAUCCGUUCCCACUGUGCGAGGCCGAGGCCAUCUACGAGGCCCACCUGCGACGGCGGGAGCGACAGUUCACGACCAACUCGUCGUCUGCUGGAAAGGGGGCUGACAUGAGCUCUCGCACAAGCGAGCCCAUACGCCGAGACGCCCUCGUGCACCUCGCGCGGGCCCGGAGCAACCUGGCCAUGGUGUGGCUGCGCAUGGGCUGGCUCUGCACUGCUCUCAUGGAGCCGGAAGCCGUGGCGCGCGCCCACUGGGAACGGGCGAGGGCCGCUAUGGAGCCUACCGUGCGCGAGAUGGGGGCAGUGUGUGGAUGUGCCGACGGACUGGCGCAGUCGAUGGCGUAUAGCCUGCGGGAAAUGCUUCACGAGCUGGGCCUGAGGGACGAGUGCCGGCUUUUGGAGACGCGGUUUGGCCUGUUGCCUUCAGAAGACCUCGAGCGUCCGCCUUGGUUCCAGCGUGGUGCUGGUCUUGAUGCGGAGACUUGGCCCACGUCGUGGACAACACCGCUUCGGUUUCAUGAUGUCCCCAAUGAGUCGUCCCAGGCCGGCUCGGAAAGGAUGAUUCUCAGCCUUGGGUCAUUCUACGACGAGCCACAACCUCGACGUCUUCACGGUGCUAAACAUCUUGACAGGCGUUCCGUCGACCUUGCUACCAUUUUAAGGGGGACAUGA